UAAAUAUUUGAAGUAUAACGUGGGGAUCUCGCGUGCUCGCUCCGUGCUGGUGUCACUCCCCCAGCGGCACCGAUCGCAGGGCUUCGCUUCGCUGCCGUUAUAGCAAAGCGGGGAUUUUAAAUGACCCGCGUUGACGGCCCCAUUUAACCACUGCUGGCGGGUUAUAAGACAAGGCGCAAAAUUACUGGCGCCAGCUCAGAUCGAGCGGACUGCGGAACACAUCACAGCUUAGCCAUAUGCUGCCUGCUUACAGAGUAUUGGAGCAGUUUUGCUAAAUAAUGCCUUGUGUAACACCAUCCUAACUUUUGCAUUCGAGGACAUCCGUGGACAUCCGUGGAGAGAAGGCAUUUUCAGAGAGCAUCACAAUAAGGCUCUCCACACUCAAGAAGGUCACACGCGAGGAUAUCAUGCCAAGCAAGAAAGUGCUACGAACAGAGCAGUUUAACACUACAGAUGAAGCUCCUAAAACUAUUUCAUUGCGUCCCAGGAAGAGAAAAGCAGACGUGGCUAUUCAUUUACAAGAUCCAGAUGAAGAGAUCACAGAGAUGACAAGAAAGAAACCAUGUGCAUCCCAGGCCUGCUGGAAUCCCGACACAGGUUACACAAGCCCAUGCAGGCGGAUCCCCACACCUGAUGAAGUUGAGGAACCGGUUGCUGUCGGCAGCGUGGGAUUCGCACAGUAUGCCUCAGAAAACAUUUUCUUCACUCCCACACGCUCUACCCCUCUGCCGGCCCUCUGCUGGGCAAGCAAAGAUGACGUGUGGAACAACCUGCUUAGAAAAGACAAACUCUACCUGCGAGAUACACAUGUUAUGGAGAGACAUCCAAAUCUUCAACCCAAUAUGAGAGCGAUUCUGCUGGAUUGGCUAAUGGAGGUUUGUGAGGUGUACAAGUUACACAGAGAAACGUUUUACUUGGGUCAGGAUUACUUUGAUCGUUUCAUGGCCACUCAAGAAAAUGUUCUCAAAACAACACUACAGCUUAUAGGCAUCUCCUGUCUCUUCAUCAGUGCCAAAAUGGAGGAAAUUUACCCUCCUAAGGUGCAUCAGUUUGCUUAUAUUACUGAUGGGGCCUGCACAGAGGAUGACAUUCUUAGCAUGGAAAUUAUCAUCAUGAAGGAGUUGAAUUGGAGUUUGAGUCCUUUAACCCCAGUGGCUUGGCUCAACAUCUACAUGCAGAUGGCCUAUCUAAAGGAGACUGCUGAAGUUCUCAUGGCCCAGUACCCACAGGCUACAUUUGUGCAGAUUGCAGAAGUAAGACGGCACAAUUAAUCACAUUAAAAUCUCAAUAUGGUGUGUGACUAUAUUU